AUCCAAUCAUCCAAAAACACAACAGAUAAGGUUAUGAUUAGGUAAGGUCAAUAAGUAUAACUCAAAUUCUGCGUAAUUAUAUUUAUUAUGGAUAUUGGAUAAUUAAUAGUUCUGUUUUUUUAUAUAAAAAAAGAGUUAUAUCAAAUCAGAUAAGGACUUUACACAAGACGUACUUUGGCGAUGCUAAUAUUAGAGUAGUGUUCCAAGAUGUCGGGCAGUCUCGUAAUGCAGAAACCCCCUGUCAGCUCUAAAAAUGUUGUUGUUAUCGAUUUAGAAAGUAGGAGAGAAGAAAUAAAUCCAAAGCUUGCGAAAGUAUUAAAAAAGUUGUUAGAUCCAAAAUUUAAACUAUAUAACAAAGAUUAUCUUAAUCUAUUGUUAACACACUUAACUAGUAAGGAACAUGAAAGUAAAUUUACUCCACAUCAGAUAGAAACACACAAAAAAUUCCUGAUGAUAUGGCUAAAAGGUUACGUCGUACAGUGCGAAAGGCUUCAGGAACCGCCAAAUGCUAGUCUCCUCACGUUUGUUUUAAAUAUUACCCGUUAUCUCUGUGAAUCAGAACAAAUAUUCGUACAUCUCAACAGCGAUGACAUCUUCGAAAGAUUGGUUAAGAUAAUAAAGAAAGUUUCUCAGCCUACAGUAACCGGAGCAUUCAUAAAACUGUUUGGUCACUUUGUAGAACACAAAUCAGGUUUGCAGUGGAUGAUAUCCACUAACCAUUGGGAACUUUUAGUGGAUAUUAUCUUAAAUAAUGAGACUGUUUUUGUCUAUAAGGAAGGAAACAAAUUCGUGGCCAAAAUGUUGGAGAAAUCCCACAGUUUCAAUGUGCCAUUCUGUAAAAACGUCAUCCAGCACAUUUUGGUGCCUUUAGAUGAAUGCUACAAAGCUAUUGUUGAUCAUUCUUUUACUGAAAGUCAAGAGAGAUGGUUGAUUUCCACCUUAAGACUUAUAAGUGAAAUUUUGUAUAUUCUGUUAGGACCAGAAGCUGCAUCCACAGAUAGCGCUCUUAUCGCGGUACUACUAGAAACCUUCCAACUGAAUAAGAGGUUAAAAGAGAUUCUUGCUGCCACGACUCAUUCCGUAAUUAAAGGUUGGGUCUACAGAACGGUAAUUUAUUUGAGUCUGUAUGAACUAAAACUUAAAUUUAUUGGAAAUCAACGAGCGGGAUCCCAUCAGAAAGCCGAAAUAUCUCCGGUAGUAUUCAACGUACUGUACGAAGCUGCCAAUGAAAUAUCUGUACCUUGCAUGCUUCUUCUAUUAUUUACCACUCUGAAUUGUUGGAAUACAAUUAAAGCAAGUUUACCAGGUUCUUUGCUUUCUAACCCUAAGGUGGUAUCUUUCGAAGAUCAGUUGUUAGCCAUACAAUUAAUGCCUAUGUACACGAUUUUUGUUAAAACUAUUGGAUUUAAUGUAUAUACCAGCGAUUCCGAGGAUAGUUUCAGAUACACAUUCAUCUCAAAACUUGUCGAUCGGAUUUACCCUAAGACGAUCAGGGUAAAAUACAAAUGGCAAAAUUAUUUGCUAGAACAUUAUUCAAUCACGAAUGGAAUACUGGCGCUAAAGUAUUUCAUCCAUUCAAAACAAUUGUAUUCCAAAGAAAAUGCUAUUUUAGCCUUUCAGAUGAUGAUAUAUUUGAUAGAGGAUCUAAAUACAUGUUUGAAAGAGAAGCCUGAGCUGCAGUUACAGUUCAUUAAUGAACCAGAUUAUUUGGACCUACAUUUGAAAGUUAUCGCUAUGAUCAUCGAUGAGUUUCAAAUGACAUGGCAAGACACAGUCGAAUCUUUAUGUGUUUUGUACAUUGUUUAUCAUCUGCUCAAUGGACUGAUAUGGCCGACAAAGAUAGUGGUCACGGCGUUGAAAUUGGCAGAGAAAGGAAUCUCCAAAUAUAUGACCUUCGAUUUGGCACUUCUCAUUGAUGAUACCGAGGAUUCCAUCAUGCAUGUACUUCCUGCAUUGCUACGCGUCAAACUGCACGACGGGGCUUGGGAAGUCAGAGACAGUACCAUUGAACUGCUCCAGUCACUUUUCAUGACUGCCAUCAAUACAAAAUUUACUUCCUACAAAAAGCUACUUUUAGAAAAUGAUCUGCCUUGUUCAGUACUAAGGAUGGCCACGGAUGAUGGAAAUCCAUUCGUCAGAGCUUCAGCUGUAAGAUGUGUCCACAAAGCAAUAGAAAUUCCUGAGUUCUGGGAAGAAUUAACAAAUUCGUUCAAUUUCUACGACAUUGUUUUAAGGAUAUUACAGUAUGAAACUGAAGGAAUCGUUCGCUGUGAAGCGGCCACGUUAGUAGAUUGUAUCUUUACGCACCAAAGCAUACCCCAAGACUUAAUGAAUAGCUUCUAUGACGUCAUGAAUCACGCCGUCGUAGCCGAUCUUCAUUGGGAAGUCAGAGUCAAAGCAUUAAAGUUUUGGAAGAACAUCAUUGAUGAACAUCUGACACAACAGGGCAUGAUAGACGGUUCAUUUCCAAGCGUAACGUUCUCAAAAGAACUCAAAAAGAUCGUGACUUUAAGCAACUUGGAAGUGGAAAAAAGACUAGUGCGUGUUUUGAAUGAACUUUCUCAAGUUGGGUGUUUGUCGGUAUUCUACGAGGCUCUCCAAGACGACUGUGAUAUUGAAGUUUCUAAAACUGCAACGAAUACCAUUAAAGAGUUUGUUGAUUUGCUCAAAAAUCAUCAGGUUACUGUACAAAGUUUGCAAGUACACACUCCUGCACCUACCACGCCGGUAUCACCGGUAACGGAAAAAGUGGUGUUUCCUCCAGUAGCGGCGCCUCAGAUCGAAGUGGAUGACUUUAUCAUGCCAACUGCUCCCUCUACUCCUCAAUAUGUCCCGAUUUCAGAUUCCAUCUUGGAAGAUAUCCUGGAUACCCGAGACCUUAACUUGUUGGAGACUGUGUUUAAUAAAUUGGAUGAACCCAGUUUUAAAAACAUUGAUAUCAAAAAACGGCAAGCUCUAAAGCCGGAGUUGUUCUUGAACUUGGUUUAUACUGAUCUCGAACGUCGUCUGGUAGAGAAAAGCCAGUGGAGAGAACAAACAGACAGCUUCCAAUCGCUUCUGGAUGAUAUUUUAAAAGAAUAUGACAAUGUCGAUGUGAACAAUAUGGAUUGCUAUUAAGUGAUUUAUGGCUUGAAGGCUCAUUGAUAAGGUCUAAUUAAAAAUUUUCCUGUUAUUAGUCAUAAUUUGUGUAAAGUUAAAUAUGUAAAAACAAAAUUAAAAAUAAAGUUAUAAAAAAAAUACAUACGGAUAAGCCAUAACUGAAACACUAGCGCCUAUAGAACUAUGACUGAAACUAAGUUAAUUUUGAACUAAGUGAAAUAAGAAUAUAAGAAAUCCUUCGAAAUAGGUUAGACCAAAAGGUACUUUACUUUGUUCCACGAAAAGAAGCUGUCCAGUAACUCUCCAGUAUUGUAUUUAUUAAGAUUCUUUUGUUAGUUCUCUACCUGUUUAGUAUUCUCUCAAUUAAUUCUAGACGUGUUAAUUCGUUUAUGUGUGAUAUUUGAUGUCCUUAUACAUUAACUUCAUACUACAUCCUUAUGUAAUUUGUGCAAAAUUAUAGAUCU